AUGGCCAGUAAAGAAGACGAGUCAGGACAUGUUCCAUCGGUGGCUGGUUCUAUGGUCAUAAUCAUCAUCAACACCAUUGCUUGUCCCUUCACAGUUGUGCUAAACGUGCUGGUGAUAAAGGCUGUAAAAACGACACCUCGACUCCGUACCAACAGCAACAUCUUGCUGUCCUGUUUAGCGGUGACCGAUGUAUUAACUGGUCUCUUUACCCAGCCAUUCUUUAUCCUGUGGCAGAUUUUCCUUCUACUCGGUCUCAGUGAGAGUGAAACACUCGAGAACUGCUUCGUCUUAUCUGUGAUUGUAUUGCAAAUAGCUUCAUACCUUCAUCUGAUGUUGGUUACUUUCGAGAGACUCAUAGCGAUCAAAUUUACGAUGAAAUACUCAAACAUUAUAACGGACAAUAACAUUAAGAUAGCAGUGUUAGUAGUUUGGAUCAUUGCGUUCAUGAAUGGGGUUUUAAGAGGGAUGGAAAUGGUCAAAGUAGCACUUUCUUUGGUAGGUCUUCUUACUCUAUCCUGUAUCCUUUUCCUUGCUUUUAGUUACUGCAUCAUGUAUCGAGAAACACGUCGCCACCAAGCGAAGGUAAAAAAUCAACAAUUGCCCCAAGAAGAAAAGGAAAGAUUUGCCAAAGAGAACAAAGCGCUGAAGACAACUUUGUUUGUAGUUGGUGCUGUCGUUAUUUGCCUUCUUCCACUUUUUGUCUGGAUUUUUAUUAUAGCUACAGGCCUUGAGAGCACAAUCAUUUUCCCAAUGAACAAAUCAUUAGUGUUUACAUGUGGCAUGUUAAACCCGCUUGUCAAUCCACUGAUUUACUGUUGGAGACAAAAGGAAAUGAGAAAGGUCAUUUUUGGAAUAAGAAACCAGGUCGUGCAUUUAGAGAUACAGUGA